UGAAACUCUUGUCAAAGUCUGGCAUUUAUAUAUAUUUUUUAUCAAACAAAUUUUGUAUUUACCUAAAAAAUGCAUCAAUUGAUAACAUACCGCGAAGAUGAGGCUUACUUUAAAGUAAAAUAUGUGACCACGAUAUGGAUGUCCGUUGUAACAAAACCGAGCGAUGCAAAAGAAUAUUUGGUGGUAGUCUUGCAGAAAGCAAUGCACAUCAAUAUUGAUAUUAUAUAUUCAUUUCCAAUACAAUAUUUCUACGUGGAAAUCGACUGGGAACAGAAUUUGACACUCAUCGAUUGUGAAUGUGUAGAAAAUUUUGAAACUGAUUUCGAUUUGCAGAAAUUUACGCAAUUAAAGUUUGAGAAUCAAACAUUCGUCGAAGUAGAUAUUGUGAGUGUACUUGAAAUAUUUAUUGACUCCAAUCCAGACAUUAGUUUGUUAUCAUAUUUGGAAGCAUAUUUGAGAGCAAUUUAUGACAAUAAUUUGGCCAUAGAACAAUAUUUGGCUAAUUUUCAUGCCUAUCGCAUUGACACCGAAUCGGACAUUGAAUUGGCGAAAUAUCUCUUAAAUCUUUUCAACUAUAUGAACAUUGAUGACGACUAUGAAUUUAUGCUGAAGUGCGAUCAAGAGCUGGAGAGCAUCGAAGAAUAUGUGGAAUCGCUUUCGGAGCCGGAGAUUCAGUCAAUUUUGGAAAGCAUUUCAAGUGAAGAAUUGAUUUUGAGUUCAAGAUCUGAUUUGGAAGAUGAAUUUGAACGCGAUUUGGAGCCAAAAUGUUUACGAACGGAAUUGUUGCAAUACGUGCUGAGGCAUGCGGAGAAUUAUUUUCAAAUGUAUUUGAAGAAAAUUGUGGAAGCAUUCUCAGAGGAGUUUGUGGAGCAAUAUAUACGUGAAUAUUUAGAUAAACGUAUGUUGAAAUAUUUGGAGGCAAGUUUAGACAUCAAUCUGAAUGCAUAUUUGAAUCUGACAUUCAAUAAAGAUUGGGAAACAUAUUUGUCAACAUCGCUGCUAACCGAUUUUGAUACAUAUGUCAACACUUAUAUGAAAGCAGAUAUUGAAUUAUAUCUCAACAUUCAUUUAAGCGAUGACUUGAGUGAACAUUUGCAGGUAUAUAUCGACACCUUUCUGAAACUACGCUUAAUGCCAGCUUUAACUGUUGAUAAGGUUGAUGUAGAAACAACUUCUGAAUCAAGUUCACAAUUGUCAAACUCGGACAACAAUCAGCUUGAAGUGUUUUCGUUGUUUGAACUGCAGUUGAUGGCAAUUCAACCACAAUUCGCAUAUGUUUCGUUUUGUCCUUUGGUCGGUAUGCGUUUCGAAACCGAUUUAUCUGCUCUGCUCACAAUAGUAGAUUGGGUUCAGCUACAGCGAUAUUUAAGCCACAACGAUUCAACCUACAAUCCAAUUGUUUUUCUGCGCACUCUGCACAAGCAUUAUGAGAUGAUGUAUUUCACGUUGAGCAAAAUUAACGCUAGCAUCUUGCUUUGGUUCAUUUUAUUAUUUGUAUUCAUUCUAAUUUUAAUUGCAAUUCUUUCUCAAUAA